AUCUACAGUGUCACCGGGGUGCUUCGAAGCCAUGGCUGCAUCAGUCCUGAGGCUUGCAGUUGGCCAAUGUGCUCUCGUUUCGGGCUCCGUUCUCGCCGCUGCUGUUGCUGCUUCGGUGCAGAGGAGAUGUAUGUCACAUUCGCAUGCUGAGAGAAAGAAACUGAAGCAUAGAUUUACUGGCCAGGUUGUUGUGCAUGGCCGGAAUGCAGCGGCGCAGGUGCACCGUUGCCUGGAGAAGCUGCAGAACUCGCAGGUGCUUGGUGUCUCGUUUGACUAUGACAGCGCUGGCAAGAUCACAGUGAUCAAGCUGGCCACGCCGACUGCUGCUCUGCUGUACCCGGUGUCAGAACGCGAUGGCCUUGCUGAGGAUGUGCUGGAUCUGCUCAAGAGUCGCCAUCACCUCAAGGUCAUCUAUGAUGGCUUUGACGACGUGGUGCAGCUUGAAAAACGGUUUGGUGUGAAGCUGGAGCACUUCUCAGAUGUUUAUCUUGACGCAGAGAAGCUCAAGAAGCCAGACUUCCCUACGAUGCGAGAGCUAGCGCAGCAUUGUUGCAACAUCAGUCUGGAGAGCGGACCCAUCCUGGGAACAGCUGUAGACUACUGCAGUACGUCUGUGGGUCUGCCAGAAAUGGUCAAAGCGGCUAUGCAGUCCUGGGCAUUGACAGUGCUGCAUAGUACCUUCUCCAGAGAGGCAUCCGAACCCCACCAGCUUCCCGUCUAUCUCUCACCGGCCCAGUACUUCACCGAGUCUGCACUGCUGGCACGGGCACGCCGAUCGUCACGCCAGUUUGGCAGUCCCAUCGUGGAGAUUGGAAAUGUCUUAGCAAGAGAUUGUGCCUCAUCACCGCAAUACCGCGCGGGCGGUGGCAGUGACGGUGGCUCUGGGGGAAGUGCUGGCGCUGCCCCUCGCGCCACUUCACCAUCGCCACAAUCAUCUCGCCAUCAUCACCCAGGCUGGUACGAUCUACCUCUGGACAAUGACGGAUUGCUGCGACUGGCACUGUGGCGACUGCAGAGACAGCCUCUGACACCGUUGUCGUUAGAGUAUGGCAGUGGUGAUGUGAAUGAUGAUGGUGGUGGCGGUGGUGGUAAUCAGAUUAUGCCGGGACGUGUGCAGUGGUCUGGACGAGGUGUUCGCACCGACGCGGUUAUUCGCCUGCCUCGCCUGGCCGUUGCCUUCUCCACGACCAGCAUGCUUGGCACCAUAGACACCAACACCGCAGUGCCGCAAUCUCCAACCAGCAGCAACAACACUCGUGACACACAAACACCGCCAUCAGAUGACCUUGCCUGUGUAAACAGGUCGCUAGACACCCAUGCAGCAGUGUCAUCUGCAUCCCCGUCCUCGCCAGCAUCCCUGUCUUGGCAUGGCUUUGUGAAGCGUGAGGUCAGCAGGAUGAAGAACAAGAUGUGUGACUUCCUGAGUGCGUACGAUGCCAUGUCGCUCACGCAACCGUCGUGUCAUGGCUCGGUCAGCGUGCUUACCGAUCGGCAAAUCCUGCGCCUGCGCAGCGAAGCUCAGUCGGCGCAGGCUCUGCACAGGUCAUGCAUGGCCGCAGCUCCACCGGGUGCACCUGCACUGCUGCAGGGCGUCACAGCACGCCAGGUACCGUCACUGCAUAGCCUGGUAACGGAGAUUGAAGUAGCACGUCGCAUGUCCGGCCGACCACUGCACUGUCAUGCUCCGCCGCCGGUCGCCAACGUACAGGAUAUUCUCAAGCAGGUACCCGACAUGCAACUCACCGGUCUGCAGCCGAUGUUCCGCGCACCGGUUCUGAAGUCGUGCGGCACCCCUGCGCUUGACAUGGUGCAUGUGCGCUCACAUUUCCGGCAGCACUACGCCAACCUUUCCGAGCAUCUCUCUCAGUCGCCGUCGCUGGCGAUGUCGACGGCCAGGGAUGCUGCGGCCAAUCCCUCCGUGGUACGUGUGAUGGCAACGGUCACCUCGGUUUCCUCCGUUUCCUUGUGAUGUGUGCCCCGUGUGUGCGUGUGUGUGUGUGUGUGUGUGUGUGCGUGUGCGUAUGACUGAGUGUGUGCGUGACUGAGUGCAAUGCUGCACAUGACAGUGGGCAUCAACGCAAGCACAUCCCCCCCCCCCCCCCCACCCCCAUCUACCGUUGAAUUCUAAUAUUUCAUGGAAUAAUCGUUACGCAUUGUGUCUCUCUAUUCAUAGCACAAAAUAGCUGCUGCCCUGACUGGUUUUUGGUCUAUUCAUAGAACAAAAUAGCUGCUGCCCUGACUGGUUUUUGGUCUAUUCAUAGAACAAAAUAGCUGCUGCCCUGACUGGUUUUUGGCAGGUUUUGCUAUAUCUGCUGGUGUUCCUAAGUUACUACAUUAUUGUUGCUACCUGCACAGUCAUGUUAUGGCUGUUCUCUCUAUUGCUGUCUAUUGCUGUGUUCUUGAUUUUGCUACUACCUCGCCUUGACUCCAUGCUUUCAUCUGCUGAUUAAUAACAACACUGGAUCAGUGCCUGACCACGGUGACAUCAACUGUGUGACAGUGUGUGCCGGCAUUCAUUGG